AUGGCGGCGGCGGCGGCGGAGGGGCCGAGCGGGAGCAGCUGCCGGCUGGAGUUCGCGGUGCAGAUGCAGUGCCAGAGCUGCGCCGAGGCCGUGCGGGCGGCGCUGCGGGGAGCCCCGGGCGUGCGGCUGCUGGAGCUGCGGCUGGAGGCGCAGACGGUGCUGGUGGAGACGACGGAGGCGGCCGAGCGGGUGCGGGAGCUGCUGGAGAAUUCGGGGUGCCGGGCGGUGCUGAAGGGGAUGGGGGGCUCCGACGACGGUGAGUGCGGCGCCGGGGGGGGGGAUUUGGGCGAGCCUGGGGGGCGGGCGGUGGCGGCUCUCUGCGGCCCUGGCGCGGUGCGGGGCCUGGUGCGGUUCCUGCAGGUCUCGCCGACGCGGUGCCUGGUGGACGGCGCCGUCACCGGGCUCCCGCCGGGCCCCCACGGGCUCCACGUCCACGAAUUCGGGGACCUCUCGCGCCCCUGCGACAGCUGCGGGGGCCACUUCAACCCCGACGGGGAGCGCCACGGGGGACCCCAGGACCAGCACCGGCACGUCGGGGACCUGGGGAACAUCUGGGCCGACGCCGAGGGCCGGGCCAGCUUCCGCAUGGAGGACUCGCGCCUGAAGGUCUGGGACAUCAUCGGGCGCUCGGUGGUGGUGGACGCGGGCGAGGACGACCUGGGCCGGGGCUCCCACCCGCUCUCCCGGGUGACGGGGAACUCGGGGCCGGGGCUGGCCUGUGGCGUGGUGGCCCGCGCCGCCGGGCUCUUCCAGAACCCCAAGCGGGUCUGCUCCUGCGACGGCCUGACCCUCUGGGAGGAGCGGGACCGGACCCCGGCGGCCCCCGGCCCCACGGCGGACCCCAGCCCCACGGCGGACCCCGGCCCCACGGCGGCUUCCAGCCCCACGGCGGCCCCGGCCCCCCACCUCUAG